AUUUGAGCCUCAUCACGAAGUUCCCAAGAUGAACUUCGGCUCGAUGGUCGGGAAACUUUGUGUGUUUGUGACAGCGCUCUUCUUCGGGCCUGUUUGUCACACAGCCGAAGGGCCCGCGUCUCAGUGGUCCGGCGAGGAUAACCAAAACAUCACCCUUUCCCGACUCCAUCGGACCUGUGUCGAGAAUGAGCAGUACCACCACCAGGGGCUCUGCUGCCUCAACUGCCAGGCUGGAACCUUUGUGCAGAAACCCUGCGAAAGAGACCAAGAAAUUGGGACGUGUGUGUUCUGCGAGCAUGGACAAACGUACACGGAGCACUCUAACGGCAUGAACCGAUGUUUGCCCUGCACACAUUGUCGCCUAGAUGAGACUGAAACUGCACCCUGCACCAGGACUACAGAUACCAGGUGCCAGUGCAGACCGAGUACCUUCUGUGUUCCAGAUCAGGCCUGUGAAGUCUGCAAACGCUGUGCAAAAUGUAAACCAGGUGAGCAAGAGGUGAAGAAGUGCACCCCCUUUUCCAACACAGUGUGCCGAAAAUGGGACCCAUCUCCUACAGAAACCACAACACCCCAUCCCAUGCCAACCUCUGCUUCUCCAAUAAACUUUGUGAUCCCUGUGUUGGUGUUCCUGAUUAUCUUGACUAUAGUCAUCAUCAUCAUAUUGGCUGUGUGGUGGUUCAUCAUCAAGCAGCAUACAUGUGAGAUCCCAUGGUCAAAUAGCCGCUGUGACUUCAGUGAAAUUGUGAAGAUUCCUAUCGAUGAGAGCAGAGCCACGGCAGAGGAGAGGCAGAACAUUAAAAACGCUGGCGUGGAGGGUGAGGAGUCGCGCCCCGAGUCCCGGCCUCUGCUGCAAGAGACUCAGCCGGGGAUGACCAAGGCUGCUCCUUCCUUUGAAGAUGAAGACAGAGGACUUGGGGACAGUUUGCCCAACACCACCAGUUCAUCUCAGACCAGUCUGUCAGCUCUGCCCACGGCAGCAUCCUCUGGUAACACCCCCCACCAGAGCCCUGCCGCCAUCAGACUGCUGCCUGCAGAUACAGAUAACCCUUUACAACAUCGAUUGGUGCCAUUGCUUGGCUCUGAGAAGUCGUUGAGGAAGUGCUUCGACUUAUUCGACGAGUACUUGGACGUGCGGAUCCACAACAAGUUCUUCCGACUGAUCGGCGUCAGCGACAACCACAUUCGGAUCGCAGAGAACGGCGCCGCUGCUGACAAAGUGUACGAACUGCUGAAGAACUGGAUGCAGAGGCAGGGGCUGAAGGCCGACAUCAACGACCUGCUGGAGGCUCUGCUUAGCAUGGACCAGCGCCGCUCGGCUGAGUGCAUCGCGUCGGCAGCGCUCAGGAAGGGCUACUACAAACACACGGACACGCCCUGAAGGCUGCAGCCGAUGUGGACACAAAGUGCACGUCACAUCGAAAAGCACAAAACGCUGUUGGCGGACUGAUGGAGCUCUUUGUGGCUCAGCAGCCACGCAUUCAAAAGCCAGUAGUUGUUCAAAUAAAAACACAAAAAGGGGAAUGUGAAGCUGGACUGAUGGGUGAUUUGAUGACUCGUUUUCUAAAGAGAACAAAGCUGAAGUUCUGAGGUUGGAUUCCAUCAACUUUAUCGCAGACAUUUAACACCA